UAUUAAAUAAAUGAGUUAUAACUUAGUGUGAAGAAAGAAAAGAAGGAAGAAACUUUGAGAACAGAGUGUUCUGAGGGUCAACAUAUUGUGGUGGCAGAACCUUUAAAGCAGAAGGUACAGUUCUGUUGACACUGAAGUCGCUUCGGGGUGUGCAUACUGAAAAUUGCUGACAGCUCAAAUGGAUCGCAUGGAACUGCACAAAAUCAACAUAGAGCUUGAUGAAGAGAGCAACAGUGGGGAAAGCACUGAAGACAACUGCACUGAGAUGGGGGAUCCAGAGAAGGCUACUAUUGGCAGUCAGUUUGUUGGUGAUGAAUCAGAAAGUCAGAAGUUCCUUACCAAUGGAUUUCUGGGUAAAAAGAAAUUGGAAGACUAUACAGAUGAAUAUCACCCAGGAGAUACUUCAUUUGGAAUGUCUGCAUUUAACCUGAGUAAUGCUAUCAUGGGCAGUGGCAUCUUAGGACUUUCCUAUGCUAUGGCAAAUACUGGGAUCAUACUUUUUAUACUCUUACUAUUUAGUGUGGCCAUAAUGUCUUUAUAUUCAAUUCACCUGUUACUAAAGACAGCAAAAGAAGGAGGCUCACUAAUAUAUGAAAAAUUAGGUGAAAAAGCAUUUGGAUGGCCUGGAAAACUUAGUGCUUUUGUUUGUCUUACAAUGCAGAACAUUGGAGCCAUGUCAAGCUACCUCUUUAUUAUUAAAUAUGAACUUCCUGAAGUAAUCAGAUCAUUUCUGGGGCUUCAAGAGAUUUCUGAGGAGUGGUAUCUAAAUGGCAACUACCUCGUGAUAUUCGUGACCAUUGGAGUUAUUCUUCCACUUUCACUUCUAAAAAAUUUAGGGUACCUUGGUUAUACGAGUGGAUUUUCACUCACCUGCAUGGUAUUCUUUUUGAGUGUGGUGAUCUACAAAAAGUCUCAAAUACCUUGUCCUCUGCCUGUUUUGGACAAUGAUCUUGGUAACUGGUCCUACAAUGGUACCACUGUUCCAGUACACAUAGUGAUGUUACCAAACAAUUCUGCUAAUUCAGGAGUAAAUUUUAUGUUGGACAGCACCCAUUCACAUUAUUCAAGUUUUGAAGAAGCCAAAGAUCAGCAUCAAAGUGGAGUGCAAUAUGAAGCUCACAGUGAGGACAAUGACAGAUGCCAAGCCAAGUAUUUUGUGUUUAACUCACGGACUGCCUACACAAUACCAAUCCUGGCGUUUGCAUUUGUAUGCCACCCUGAAGUGCUGCCCAUUUACAGUGAACUGAAAAACCGAUCACGAAAACGGAUGCAAAAUGUUUCCAAUGUUUCCAUCACUGGAAUGCUUGUCAUGUAUCUAUUAGCUGCCUUGUUUGGCUAUCUUACCUUUUAUGGGGAAGUUGAAGAUGAGCUACUUCAUACAUAUACCAGAGUGUACACUUUUGACACUCUGAUCUUGAUGGUUCGCUUUGCAGUGCUUGUGGCUGUGACCCUGACUGUGCCAAUUGUUUUGUUCCCCAUUCGAACAUCAGUUUCUACACUUCUGUUCUCAAAAAGGCCUUUCAGUUGGAUAAGGCAUUUUCUGAUUGCUGCAGUAAUCCUUGCACUUAACAACAUAUUAGUAAUUUUUGUGCCUAGUAUUAAAGAUAUCUUUGGAUUCAUAGGUGCUUCGGCUGCCACAAUGCUGAUUUUUAUUCUUCCUGCUGCCUUCUACCUUCGUAUUGUCAAAAAAGAGCCUUUGAAGUCCCCACAGAAGAUUGGAGCUGCAGUAUUCCUCACUGUCGGAGUCAUUUUUAUGAUCGGAAGCAUGACCCUCAUUAUGCUGGACUGGGUAUACAACUCUCCAGGUUCCAAACCCCAUUAAUCUGAAGGAGAAGAGAAAGGGGCCUUUCCUUUCCUACUGGAAAUGUCAACUGCCAUCAUCCCCACACACAGAUGGGGACAAUACUUCCAGCGAAGAACUGGAAGAUUCCAAAGACUUUACUAGUAAUGUUACUAGGAACCUAUGGAAUAUUAAAUCACCCUUUUAUAAGGGUGAGUUAUUUAUCUAUCAAAGACUGUGCCAUGCUUUUCUGGCCUUGGAGAGAAUUUUUUUUAAAAAAAGUGUGCUGGGGAAUGCACAGAGUUUAUAGUGUACUUAGUUCUCAAAACAGUCUGUUACUGUGAUUGUUUUGACAACCACCAUUUCUAGAAUACCAGAAGGCAACGCUGAUGUUUGAGAGUUACCCUAGUGUCUUUUCAAACACAGAGUGGAGCUGAAAUGUUUGUAAGUUAUCCAAAAGCUGAGAUCAUCAAAUUUUCAAAUGUAAUUGCCAAACUUAAGAGUGUAUAUAUGUAUGUAUAGUGUAUAUACAUAGGCACAGAGGAGCAAAUAAAAGAAACAAUUGUUGUUUAAAAUAGUUAUUCAUAAAGUUACCAAGUACAAUCAAAUCAAGUUUUUUGCAUAAGCUGUGCACACCAAGUUUGGUAAGUAUUUUACUCAUUAAGCAAUAAGUUAUAUUAAUCAAAUUAUGAUCACAGGAAUGCUCAGCAUUAGGGGUAUGUUAAUAAAUUCUUCUGUGAUACCUACAUAUAUCCCCUUUCAAACAUAAACUUUUGUCUCUUAAAAUUGAUUUCUGCAGGACUUAUAAGUUUAGCAUUACCUGAAGAAUGUGGUGAUAUUCCUAACCUAUCUCCCAUUAGAUGCACUGCACUUAACAGAGAAAAAUGACUCAGUAAAGCUGGGUUUUAGUUAUAAAAAUGCACUUUCUAUCCUAUCUGUAGCAUUCAACAGGCAUUCUAUACAUUAGCACAUUUGUACCCUGUUUCUCCGAAAAUAAGACAUCCCCUGAGAAUAAGACUAGUAGAGGUUUUGCUAAAGUGCUAAAUAUAAAACAUCCCCCAAAAAUAAGACAUAGCAAAGUUU